GUGCAUACAACAUCGAAAGACCUCUGAAACUCUUUACUCAACCAUGAAUUACUCUUGGGACCCCAAUCUUACUCUAUAUGACUAUUAUGACAUACCGCAUGACAUUCCUGACAUUGUGACCCCUGAGAUUCAACCGAUCCAGAUAGUGGCUCUGGUCCUCUAUGGCCUUGUGGUCCUGCUGGGUGUCCCUGGAAAUGCUCUGGUGGUGUGGGUGACAGGGUUCUGCAUGCCCCGUUCCGUCACUUCCCUCUGGUUCCUCAACCUCGCCCUGGCUGAUCUUCUGUGCUGCCUCUCCAUCCCUCUGCUCAUGGUCCCUUUAGCCCACGAUGAUCACUGGCACUUUGGCCCGCUGGCCUGCACGCUGGUCAAAGGCUUAUUUUACCUGGUGAUGUACUGCAGUGUCCUGCAGCUGGUUUUGAUCAGCGUGGAUCGCUGGUUGCUGGUCAGCAGACCCGUCUGGUGCCAGAACAACAGAAGACCAAAGAAGGCUGCCUGUUGCUGCGUUGUUGUCUGGUGCGUGGCCCUGAUCGGCAGCAUCCCCCAGUUUGUCUACACCCAGGAGAUCAAAGCCGGUGACGAGAAGCGAGAGUGUCUGACAGUUAACACUGUUCUCAGUGCCUGGAUAGUCACUUCCUUCCGCUUCCUUCUGGGAUUCUUCCUCCCUUUCCUGGUUAUUGUCAUCUGUCACUUGGUGGUGUACAGGAGGGCACAGCAUGGAAUGUCGCGUGGUCGGACCCGUUCCAAGCGAACACUGAGGGUCAUCAUCGCUGUGUUGCUGAGCUUCUUCCUUUGCUGGCUUCCUCUGCACAUUGUGGACUUCCUCAUGUUGAUGACCCGUCGAAAAUCCAUUCACAGCCCCAGAAUUUACCUGACACACGUUUUAGCACUCUGCCUGGCGUAUUUCAACAGUUGCCUCAACCCACUGCUGUAUGUGUGUCUGGGCCAAAGCUUCAAGGACAGUAUGAACCGCUCCCUGCGCAACAUGCUCAACUUCAUCAGCGAGGACCCCACAACAAGGAUCAGCAUCGCUACUACUGACACCAGGAGCACGAGCAAUGGAAAGGAAAAUACUCACAUCUGAUGGUGUAUUGACUUUGACAUUUACACAAUAUCAUCACAUUAGUCGUGAUUCUGAGGUUUGGACCUUGAAACAGGAGUGAACUCUCCUCACCUUCUGCACUGAGCUUGGAUAACCACUGGGUUUCACCAUAAACUAUCAGUGUUUUUAUAAUUAGUUGUGGGACACAUAAACUGUAAAUCAUUUUAAGUUGGUUCAACUUAAGAACUCCAAUCUGUCGAACAUCUCAAUUAUACGUUGGUUUAAUUUACAGAGGCUCAGUGUUAUGGAAUGCACUGACAUCUCAUAUCUUAAACUUAGCCUCUGCACAAUAUCAGAUAGCCCUUAAGGGCUUGUUUUUUAAUCACCACAAUGUUAUCCUUACGUGUUAUCUUUGUAAACUGCCCUCUCAUGACUAGUCACUUUAAUGUGAUAAAUUCAUGCAUUUGUAUACAACUGACCAAAAAUGACGUUUCGAUUACUCCUUCUCAAAAAGCACAUUGGCUCGAUCCAUUUGAAUUACUAUUUUUGUGCAACUUGUCCAUAAGAGACUUAACUACUUGAUUCAGGUUGCUAGUGCUGGAAAGGUAUUUCCACGCGGGGCUUGUUAGGUUGCCCCGCGUGCAAAUCCCUCUCUCUGCCAUCGUUACCACACGGUUGUUGCUGGAUUAUUCGCUCGUUUCAGCUUGACCCAAAUUUCAGUUUUCGACGCUGUGUGACUCGUGCCCAUGGCGCAGUGGCCCAGGCCCACGCGAGAACUCGUGAGGCAGAAAGCCUUGGUAGUGCUGCUUUUUUUUUUUUUAUUUCCUUCUCACAAUCAAAUAUGCCCCUCAUAGGAUAAGCGGUGUAUAAUAUAUAUAUAUAUAUAUGUAUAUAUAUCCAUAUAGAUGGAUGGAUGUAAGUUUGUGUAAUUUAACUCGUCUUUUUUAAAAAUGCGUUUUUUCCUAUUCCUUUUAAUAUUUUUUCGCCUCUUCUAAUGGAAUAAAGUAUGCAAUGGAGAGUGCCAGGAUCUGAGGACCCACCACAUUUUCUCUUCUUUAUGCACAUAUCAAUUUGUGUCCUUUGAAUAUAUGUAAAUAAAUAAAAAUCAAAUCUACUUAAACCUAAGUACCGUCAAAAGCGGAGUGAGCUGAACCCAUGCUGAAUAAUUAGUUCAAAGAUGUCUAAUGAGGUUUGAAGAGGUAAAAUCAGCUGAGUUAAAUGAGCUGAACUUCAGAAAACAAGGUCAAUAAACUUAGGAUAUUAAAUUGAAUCGACUCACAACUGUUACUGUCAGAUUUGCUGUCUUUUUACAUUUUCUCGGGCUGAAGAGUCAGUUCUUCGUCAUGUUACCAGUUAGUACAGAAACAACAUGUGAGGCUGCUCCCAGUGAUUUCGACACAGAAAAGAUCGGUUGAUUUCAAAAGGCUUUACAACUCUGAAAGUGUGAACACAGAAACUCUGCUGUUAUGAGAUAUUUUGCAAAGGAAUAGCGAAUAGACUGCACUCAAAGAUGUUGUCAGAACUGCCUCUGGAUUGCAAAUCAGGAAAUAUUUUACCAAUCUUUACACUGCAUUUUGAAACUUCUGUUUUUUGCUCCUACACACAAACUCAGGUCUGAUCUCUGCUUUUGUUGUGCGUUGUUAUUCAAGUUUUUAGUAGGGUAUCAGAUACUGAAAUGAAAUUAAUAUUAUUAUAUUUAAUAAACAACUAAUUAUUAGUUCCUGUAACACACAUGCACAUGCAGGUUUGAUUACAGGCUUGUGUGACACUAACUUCACCACAGUUAUAACAGUCACGUCUUAUGUAACAGUUCAUUCAUAGGCCACAUGAGGGAGCCACACUCUCAUCUCAAAAUGGAGAAAAAUGCAUAAGAUGGUUGUUCUCUUGACUGAGACCCAUUGUUUCAGUGUGACAGACCUAAAAGACAACAGAUACAGAUUAGAGAUGAGAUUGAACAGGUCAGAUGAGUUUUAGUCAGUUUGUCAAAUAAAUGCACUUCAGACAAAUGCGAUCCUUAGCAUGUCUACAAUAAAAGUCUUUGAUAUGUGAACUAAUUUUUCACUCAUCAUUUUUUACAACUUGCCUAAUACUUAUUUAUGCAUU